GUCUGGUGCCUUCCAGUAACCCCUGCUGGCGCCCUUCCACCUCCACAUCUUCCAGAAGAGACUGCUGAUGCGUUUCCCGAACUGUCUUUCCACUCGCCACCCCGCGCCCCUAUUUUCACACAAAAGGUACCAAGAAGGAACAGCACUACGGUUCAGGAGCCCUGCCCCGGCCCCCACGCCUCAUCUUCCCCCCAAGAAAAGCCCACCUAUUCCUAAACAUGUCCCCCAGAUCCACAGAGCACGCCCCACGGCCAGAGCGCCCACUACCCACUGUGCACCGCCGAGACUCGGCGCGCGGGCGGGUGUUCUCGCGCACAUGCGCACCAGCCCUCGGACCCGCCCCCUGGCGACGUGGGGCGUCCCUAACGACCGGCGCCGGCCGCGCGGGGGGCCCGCAGGGAAGCGAGCACCCGGGCACCGAGAGUGGGUGAGGUUCCCAUGGGCAUCGAGGGCCUGCCGGUCUGAGAGCCUCCCCGUCACAAGGCCAUCACCAAGGGGCCACCUGCACCCACGCUGCCAAUGCAGAGCAUGCAGGCAACUCUAGGCACAUCGACCUCAUCGGCCCUCAGCCGGUUCUCCACCUCCACCCAGGACAAGUCCUCCACUGCAGGUCAGACCUCCAGCACGGGCCCACAGCCCUCAAGGCCCUCCAUCAUCCCACCCCCUAGCAAGUCCAAGGGCUGGAGUACUGGGGCCAGUGGAGGUCGCAUGCGCAGGAUCAUCGCUGAGGAUCCUGAGUGGUCGCUGGCCAUCGUGCCCCUCCUCACAGAGCUCUGCAUUCAGCACAUUGUCGAGAACUUCCAGAACAACCCUAUCCUGAAGCAGCUGCUUCCGGAACACAAGCAGAAGGUCCUGGACCACUUGUCACCCGACCUGCCGCUGGCUGUGACCGCCAACCUGAUCGACGACGAGAGCUACUGGCGCCGCUGCUGCACGCAGCGCUGGCCCGUGUGCCACGUGGCCAAGCACGGCGGCAGCUGGAAGCGCAUGUUCUUCGAACGGCACCUGGAGAACCUGCUAAAGCACUUCAUCCCCAGCACCACGGACCCCGCGCUGAUCCUCAACCUGCUGCCGCUCUGCAGGAACUAUGUGCGCAGGCUCCGUGUGGAUCAAUUCCUUCCGCCCAUGAAGCUCCCGCCCCGACCCCGGAGCGGGGAACUGUCCGACUCCGGCAGCGAGGCAGAGCUGGAGGAGCCCGCCACUGACCACUACCAACUGGGAGACCUGGUGGCCGGCCUGAGCCAUCUGGAGGAGCUGGACCUGGUGUACGGGGUCAAGGACUGCGGCAUGAACUUCGAGUGGAACCUCUUCCUCUUCACCUAUCGCGACUGCCACUCCCUGGCGGCCACCAUCAAGGCAUGCCACACCCUCAAGAUCUUCAGGCUGACCCGGAGCAAGGUGGAUGACGACAAGGCACGCGUCCUCAUUCGCAGCCUCCUGGAUCACCCAGCCCUCGAGGAGCUGGACCUGUCACACAACCUCGUUGGGGACCGGGGCGCGCGUGCCGCGGCCAAGCUGCUGAGCCACAGCCGUUUGCGAGUGCUCAACCUGGCCAACAACCAGGUGCGCGCGCUUGGUGCCCAGUCGCUGGCUCACGCCCUAGCACACAACACCAACCUCAUUUCCCUCAACCUGCGCCUCAACCGCAUUGAGGAUGAGGGCGGCCAGGCGCUCGCGCACGCCUUGCAGACCAACAGGUGCCUCACAACACUGCACCUCGGGGGCAAUGAGCUGUCUGAGCCCACCGCCACCCUCCUCUCCCAGGUGCUCGCCGUCAACACCACGCUCACCAGCAUCAACCUGUCCUGCAACCACAUCGGGCUGGAUGGCGGGAAGCAGCUCCUGGAAGGCAUGUCAGACAACAGGACCCUCCUGGAGUUUGACUUGCGCCUGUCAGAUGUAGCCCAGGAGAGCGAGUACCUCAUUGGCCAGGCUCUCUGUGCCAACCGGGAAGCAGACCGCCAGCGGGCCCCGAAUCCCAGCUGCUUCCUGUCACCAAUCACGGCCAAGGGCCCUGAGAACCCUGCAGGAUAAGAUGGGGGACAGGGCUGGGGCAGUGGCUGGAGCUGGGUCACUGCCCCAGUCCCAUCCUUCAUUUCAUGCCUCUGUCGUGCCUGCUGUAGAGUGCCACACUGGUCUAGAGGGAGGAGAAAGGGGGAGAGCACGGAUAUCCUUAGGGUGAGUGAUCGAGGGUCAUUUGGAUAAAGAUGUGAGGAAGAGGAGGGGUCUGGGAUAGGGGGAGCAAAGGGGUAUGAAGUGGGACCCAUCUCCUAUACCCAGGGACAGGAUAUUACCAGACGCCACGAAAUGACCGACUUCUUCCAGGAUUAGGGAAGGCAGAGAGGACUCUGAAGGCCUGUGCCAGCCCAGCCUGUCCCAUGGAGGUCGCCCAUCUCCCUGACCCUCCUCCCGACCAUUUUCUUCUCUUUUGAACAGAUCCUUGACUUCUUGACCUUCAAGCAUGUCCAAGUGUGCACGUGCACAGUCUCUCUCUCCCUCUCUCUCUCUCUCUCUCACACACACACACACACACACACACACACACACACUCUAUAUUGUCUCUCUCCCCUGGCUACCACAGAGCUUUGCCUGGCUCUUCCACCCUCACCCCUGCAGAUGCCACCUCCCUAUUACUCGACCUGCCAAAGUGACCCCAUUCUACAGGCCAUCCCAUCCACUAAUACUACCCCCCACACACACAC